UCAUCUAUAUUCCGCCGUCAUGUUUGCACGUGUCGCACUGGUGCUUUUGCUAACGGUGGCGGUCGCGCGGUGCGGCCCGACUCCCCAGCUGGACCGCCGGGCCGAGAUUGACGGCAUCCGGGCGGCUAUGGAGGACCUGAAGGCCGACAGACGAGCCAUGAUGCAGCGUCUGGAGACGGCCGAGAAGGAGCUGAACACAGUCCUAGAAAGCCCAAAGAUUGCCUUUGCCGCCUCGCUGGGGGGAAACGGCGCCCAGAAGGCGACGACGGGAAACAGAGAUCUCAUUUACAGGGACGUCCUGACCAAUGUAGGCGGGGCUUAUAACGCAGAGACUGGCCUGUUCACGGCGCCCGUUCGCGGCGUCUACUACAUCCGCUUCACCGCCAACGCGCCCACCGACUUCACCAUGAGCGCCGUGCUGUACAAGAACGACGCCCGGAUCCAGCUCAUCGUCCACGAGCAGCCGUCGGGUGAGGGCAGCGACACGGCGUCCAACGGCGCCGCCCUGCUGUUGGAGAAGGGCGACAGGCUGAAGAUGGUGCUGUGGGAUAACACGCAAAUCUGGGACAACAGCAAUCACCACAGCACCUUCAGCGGAUUCCUGGUUUUCCCACUGGUCGACGAAGCUCCAAAGGAGUUUGACGUCGAGUCGGAGAUGAAAAGGCUUCAAGCUUCCAUGACGCAACUCCAAACGGAAAACACGGAACUCAAAGGACGGAUGGAGAGCACCGAGACGGAGCUGAGGAAUAUGAAAAAUGUGCCAAAGGUGGCGUUUGCGGCGUCUCUGGGGGGUAACGGUCUCCAGAAGACCACGUCCGGAAUGAAGAAGCUUCUCUUCAAGGACGUCCUCACCAACAUUGGUGAAGCGUACGACCCGGAAACAGGUUAUUUCACGGCACCCGUACGCGGCGUCUACUACAUCCGCUUCACCGCCAACGCCCCCGCCGACUUCACCAUGAGCGCCGUGCUUUACAAGAACGACGCCCAGAUCCAGCUCAUCACCCACGAGCAGCCGUCCGGCGAGGGCAGCGACACGGCGUCUAACGGCGCCACCCUGCUGCUGGAAAAGGGCGAUAAGCUCUCGCUGACUCUCUGGGACAACACGCAAAUCUGGGACAACAGCAACCACCACAGCACCUUCAGUGGAUUCCUGCUCUUCACCCAGUAAGCAUCUUGGAAGACUCACCAAAUGCUCAAUAAAAAUACUUUAAAGUUGA